AUUGAAAGCUUACCGAUUUUAUGGGAUUCUUCAGAUCCAUAUUAUAAAAUUAGUAGGAAAAAAAAUGAGACGUGGGAAAAUCUUGCCAACAAAUUCUGUACAACAAUACUAGAUGUUAAAAAGAAAUGGCUUUCAUUACAGGCGUCAUACAGAAGAGAGAGAAUUAAGAUGAUUGAUUCUGCAAAAGGAACUGAGAAAAAAGUAUUGUCAAAAUGGUUUGCAUAUCGUGCAAUGACGUUCUUGGGGGAUCAUUAUAAACCAAGAGGAAUAAGAAAUAUUUCUGAGACUUCUGAAACAUGUCGACAGAAAGAAAGUAGUGACCUUAAGGAUCAAGAAGGUAUUAAUGAAACAGACAUAACAUGUCCGAAAGUAGAAGCUAUAUUACACGAAUCAGAGAGAAGUGUACGAUUGCAUAAUACCUCGUUGCGAAGAAAACAUUUGAAAAUGUUUUAUUCUCCAGAAUUAAAUAACCCAAAGAAAAGAAAGAUUAAUGAAGAUAAGCCAAGUGAAAUGUAUAUUUUAAAAGCUACUAUUGCAGAAAAAGAAUAUCAACGAGAUGAAAAUGAGACUUAUGGUGAAUACGUGGCACUGACACUGAAGAAAUUAGAUAAUUAUUCACGUAUAAUGGCUAAACAUUACAUUAAUGAGAUUCUUAUAGAAGCAGAAUUAGGGAAAUACAAAGAUUCGAUUCCUCAAAGAUCGCCUAUAUCCACGGCCUAUUCUGCUAUUUCACCAUCGCUUUCUGUAUAUUCUUACCAAUCCGGAAGUUCCAAUAAUGUGAUUUCUUCUGAACCGAAUCUGUGAUCACCUGAUGAACUAAUAGCAUUAAAAAAUUAUUUCUCUUUCUCAGUGCGUUGUCUUUUGUCAGUCGUAAUCUCUUCUGCAUCUGAUAUUCACUGAUAUAUGGGACCUACAGUUUUUAAUUUCGAAUAGCUCAAGGUGGAAGAAAUACUUUACCAUGGAACGGCCUCGGAAGAGAUUAUCGUGGCAAAGAUUCUCUUAAUAAUUAGUCAUUAUCUUGGUAAUCAAAAUGAUGAUCAAGUAAAAUUUGAUAUGUGUGGUCUGGGUGGAUUUGAAUCCCAUAGCAGCCAUGCGACUCUAUGCCACAAAGUUAUUUAACACGAUUUUAAAUCAUUUCUAUUUUCUGCAAGCUUUUGUUGAAAUACAUAUCGAAAUAUAUUUCUCAUUUUCAUUACUUUUGUAAUUAAUUUCUUAGAAAUAAUUCUUAUUAAUAUAUGUAAAUUAUAUUUGCAAAUUUUUUUGAAAUAAAAUUGUUCUAAAAGAAAUAAAAAGAAAUAAAAUAUUUUAU